UCGUCGUCGUCGUCGGUCGUCCGCCAUGGCGCACCGCAAGGGCUCCCGCAGCCCCUACUACUUCUUCGUGCGCGACCAGCUGCCCGAGCUGCAGCGGCGCGGGCUGCCCGUGACCCGCGUGGUCGACGCCGUCCCCUACUGCUCCCAGGCGUGGGCGUUGCUGACUAAGGAAGAAAAGAUGGCAUAUACAGAGAAGGCUCGUAAGUGGAGUGAAAAGAAAUGCUCUCAGAAGACAGUGAAAGAGACCUGUAAUCUGGCUCAUCCGGUUCCUGCUUGCCUGACCACAAAGAUACCCAGUGUUACUUCUCUUCCAGAUGCCUCUGUUAUGUCUUGGAAGAAUGAUCAGGCUGUGGUUGCAGACAUCUUCUACUUCCUGAACAUUUACAGCCAUGGUAAGCUGCCGUCCCACUGUGAACAGCGCUUCCUUCCUUGCGAGAUUGGGUGUGUCAAGUACUCCCUACAGGAUGGCAUAAUGGCUGAUUUCCAUCACUUCAUAGAUCCAGAAGUGCCACCACGCGGUUUUCGGUACCACUGCCAGGCUGCUAGUGAUGCCACUCAUAAGAUCCCUGUAUCUGGAUUUCAUCUUUCACGUACUUGUUACGCAGUUGUCUUACGGGAACUUCUUGAAUUUGUCCAGCCAGCCAGAGGUGUUCGGCCUCACUUUUACUGCAGGUCUAAUGACAGAUUCCGAAUUAACUGGUGUCUCAAUCGAAUGGCUAGCAUAACAGCUAUAGGCAUUGAGAGCCAUCUGGAGCUUCUUGCUGUAGAAGACCUGGUAAUAGGACUGUACCAGAAGAAAUACCAGAAGGAGCCAUCCAAGACUUGGGUGUGUAGAGAACUGGAUGUCUUCCUGUGGGAUUUCUCCAGUAAUACCAGGUGCAAGUGGCAUGAAGAGAACGAUAUACUCUGCUGUGCUUUGGCAUCCUGUAAGAAAAUUGCUUAUUGCAUCAGUAAAUCUUUAGCUAGUGUGUAUGGAGUCUCACUGACAGCAGCUCACCUACCUCUUCAAGACUCUGAUUAUGGUGAAAGCACAAAUACCAAGAUGGUGAUACUGGAUGCUGGACGUUUUCAGAAAAUGAACGCUGAGUGUUCUGGAUGUGACAGACAUUUCGCUUCUCCAAGUCAGGAUCAAGAGUUUGUCCCUUCUCAUUGUGAUUCUCCAUGUGGUGUGAAGACUUCAUUUUAUGGAACAAGUACCAUGCGAGGAAGAGGAAUUACUCGAUUGCUGAAAAGUGCAUCUGAUCUAUCCAAGUCUUUCAGUAAUUGAAAAAACUUUUUUAUAUCCAGGACAGCUGUAAAUUCUAAUUUUCUUUGUUUUCCUAAGGUAACCAGUAGUUUAUCCAGACUGCAGUUUCUCAUCUUAUGGGCAACCCUUGACAGUUCAAGUUCUUGUUAGAAUGAUAAAACUUUUGACUGGAUUUAAACACGACGAAAAUCUCGUUUAUUAUCUAUAGGAAGACUUAUUUUGAAGGGACGUGACAGUUGCAUCCUCUCUUUAAAAAUACGUGCCAUACUAGUUCUGUUUCUUAAUGGAAGGAGUGCAAAUUCAAGAUUGAUCAGUUGAUAUCAUUAGAUUAGAAGAAUUCUUUAGUGGCCAAUGUGACUUUAAACAAGUGCUUCAUUUCUUCUUUAAUAAUCUCCUUCCCCUCUUCUGCAUGUGGAAGACAGAAUUUCAGAGUAUAACAGUCUCUCCCCAAAAAAUGAUGGGGGGUGGCAUUGAAGGUAUGAAGGGCUGCACCAGGGGAAUGAAGGUGUAACAGUCUUAAAGGUUUGCUAUAAUCUGUCAGUUCUAGCCAUGAAGAAUUUGAGUGGUCAUUCAAGGCAAAAAAGCAGAAUUUCUAUGAAAUGUCUUGGAAGGAAUGUGGUGGCAAAUUUAUCCAUCUAUUAAUGUUCAUUUAGAGGCACAGGCUAUAUACAUCAGGAACAAGUAUAACAUACUUUUUUUUUUUUUUCUUCUUCCUUUGCAUCAGUUUUCUGUUUAAAAAAAUGCAUGUCCCUCAAACUUACAGACUGAAGAGGAGUGUAGGUGUUAUGGGGGUUUUUUGAAAGGAAUAUCAAAUUCAAACCGAUACAUUAAACCGCAGAUAUAAUUUCACAAGCUUUAGUCAGGCUGGGUAAAUACCACUCAUAAUUAUUUGAGGGCACAUAAAAACUGGGAGACUGUCUGAUGUAUCACUAGGAAGUUAGAUGUUCCAUUUUAUGGAGGUACGAGUCUUGGACUAGUCCCCAAAAAGUUGUCUGUUGUCUGAGCCUUGUCCUUAGACCAUGUGUCUUUAAGCAACUGAUUCUCAGAAAUAAGAGCUUAUUUUUGAGUUGUUUCUACAUUUUAUUCCAAUAGAGGUCCAGUUGUGAAAUACUAUUUCCAUAGCAACUAACUGUGAGAAGAUAUUUAUUUCACUCCUUGUAGAAACUGAAACUCAAAAUUAGGUAGUUCAUUCUUUUGGAUAAUAGCAAAAAAACCCAAACCACCCAAACCAACCAACCAAAACGCAAAACCCAACCAAAAUAAGAGGUCGACACAUUUAUGAAUAAACUUGAGCAUGCUGAUCAGUAUGUCAAAAAAGGCCAAUUGCUGGUUUAGUUGGAACCCUGUUACAGUUGCUGUAAGGCCAGUUGAGGCCCUUCCUCCAGUAUUACAGGAUCACUGAACCAUUUUGAUGCCUCUUACCUAACAGUUUGCUUAUAUCACUGAAUUUUCUUGAAUUAUUCUGUAUUUCCUUCCUUUGAGGCUGUUGUUCUACCUGCUAAAUUUCACCAGAUAAGGGACAAGAAACCUUUAAGACUGAGAUUUACCAGUGAAGCAUCUGGGAAUGUUGUAACAGAGUAAGAGUGUCUAUUUAGUAGUGGUAAAGGCUUCUUUGCAUUGGAAUAGAGUUGUUUGAGUUUUAAGUUUCUUAACUGACAGCCACUGCUGCACUGACAUUUCAAAACAUACAGAACUGUAAUCUUUGAAUUAUUUUCAGAGGUCAAUGUUGCAAUAAAAGUUUCAUGUUUCAGUUCUUAUGAAGAAGGUAAUUCAUUGUUAUUAAAAUAUUUUUUCAGUAUCAGUGUAAGUACACAAAUCUAAGAGAAUUUGUUACUAUGCUUAAGGUAUUAUAUAUCUUCAAGACUGAGAUAAAGAAUCUGAGCAGAAAUGGAGAAGUACAGAGUUAGGGUUCCAUGGCAUGUCUAUACCUUAUCACCUGUAA